UCACGGGGUCCCCGAGCAAUAAGGGAUCAUGGGGCCCCUGUGUCCUUGCCUAAACUCAAAAAAGCUUAUGAAAAAGGUACCAGGGGCAUCACAUGGGGCCCCCUACUGACCCCGGGCCCUCGGGCAGUGCCCGAGUUUCCAAAUGGUCAGUCCGCCCCUGCCUACACCUGAACAUUUGACGAAGGUAAAAAAAAGUCUUGCUAACAACCAAUGACAUCAUUGGUUGAUAAGGAGGACAUCAUGCAUGUGAACAACAUCCUUGUUUUCCCCUGCCUCUCUCCAUCAACAUUGGGGUCACAUUAGCUGAGUGAGGGAGAGAAAUGGAGAGAAAAGAGAAAUG